CAAUCCAUUAGAUUAGACGUCAAAUUCCAGCUUACUCGUAGUUCAAAGCCACAUAAUUUUAAUGUAUAGUUGAAUUUUUUCAAACCUGUAACUUGUACAAUAUUUGUUUUAUAUAUUUUAAUUCAUAUAAACAUAUUACAAGAUGUACCCCGUUGGCCAACCUCCAGCGGGGGAGACUAGUGCAGGGGCGGUGGGUGUUACGGGUGCUGCUAGCACGCCAGUUGGCACUACUGGUGCAGCACCAGGGGCUCCCAGCGCUGCAUCGACUACUGGUGCACCGCCCACCGGAGUUGCAGCUGGAGCCGGGGGAAUGUCUUUAGUAUCGCCAGUUGCUGCUCCACCAGACAUGCCUGAUGUACUCACCUGCCCACGAAGACCUAAUUUAGGUCAUGAAGGCCGACCCAUUAUGCUACGUGCCAACCAUUUUCAAAUAUCCAUGCCAAGAGGAUUUGUUCAUCACUAUGAUGUGAAUAUACAACCAGAUAAAUGUCCUAGAAAGGUAAAUAGAGAAAUUGUUGAAACUAUGGUUCAUUGUUAUAAUAAAAUAUUUGGUGCUUUGAAACCAGUGUUUGAUGGUAGAAACAAUCUGUACACCAGAGAUCCGCUCCCCAUUGGUAAUGACAGAGUUGAAUUGGAAGUAAUUUUGCCUGGUGAAGGUAAAGACAGAGUUUUCAGAGUGACAAUUAAAUGGGUUGCACAGGUGUCAUUGUUUGCCUUGGAAGAAGCUUUGGAAGGCCGUACUAGACAGAUUCCAUAUGAUGCAAUUUUGGCCUUGGAUGUUGUAAUGAGACAUUUACCAUCCAUGAUGUAUACACCUGUUGGACGUUCAUUCUUCUCAUCUCCAGAGGGAUAUUACCACCCACUCGGAGGUGGUCGUGAAGUUUGGUUUGGUUUCCAUCAGUCUGUAAGACCUAGCCAAUGGAAAAUGAUGUUGAAUAUUGAUGUAUCGGCAACUGCAUUUUACAAAGCUCAACCAGUUAUAGAGUUUAUGUGCGAAGUAUUGGAUAUACGGGACAUUAAUGACCAAAGGAAGCCAUUGACGGAUUCACAGAGAGUUAAAUUUACAAAGGAAAUCAAAGGCCUAAAGAUUGAAAUUACUCAUUGCGGUACAAUGAAAAGAAAAUAUAGAGUGUGUAAUGUAACUAGAAGGCCAGCUCAGAUGCAAUCAUUCCCUCUACAAUUGGAGAAUGGUCAAACGGUUGAGUGUACUGUAGCUAAAUAUUUCCUAGACAAAUACAAAAUGAAACUGAGAUACCCACAUUUGCCCUGUUUGCAAGUAGGUCAAGAACAUAAGCACACAUACUUGCCUCUAGAGGUGUGUAAUAUUGUACCAGGACAGAGGUGUAUCAAGAAACUAACAGACAUGCAAACAUCUACUAUGAUUAAGGCUACAGCUAGAUCUGCACCAGACAGGGAGCGUGAAAUUAACAACUUAGUUCGUCGCGCUAACUUCAAUACUGACUUAUAUGUAAAAGAGUUUGGUCUCACAAUAUCUAACAAUAUGAUGGAAGUGCGCGGUCGAGUGUUGCCGCCGCCGAAACUGCAGUAUGGCGGCCGAGUCUCCUCACUGGGUGGACAACAAGCUUUACCCAACCAAGGUGUAUGGGACAUGCGCGGUAAGCAAUUCUUCAUGGGCGUUGAAAUACGAGUGUGGGCCAUCGCUUGUUUCGCACCGCAAAGGACAGUACGAGAGGAUGCACUUAAAAACUUUACCCAGCAACUUCAAAGGAUAUCAAAUGACGCAGGAAUGCCUAUAAUAGGCCAGCCUUGCUUCUGCAAAUAUGCAACGGGACCUGACCAAGUUGAGCCUAUGUUCAAAUAUUUGAAAUCUACUUUUGUACAACUCCAGCUUGUUGUUGUUGUAUUGCCUGGCAAGACACCUGUUUAUGCUGAAGUAAAACGAGUAGGCGACACAGUACUUGGCAUGGCAACACAGUGUGUGCAAGCGAAAAAUGUGAACAAGACAUCACCACAGACCCUGAGCAAUUUGUGCCUGAAGAUCAAUGUCAAGCUUGGUGGUAUCAACUCUAUCCUAGUACCUUCAAUACGUCCUAAAGUAUUCAACGAGCCGGUGAUAUUCCUGGGCGUGGACGUGACGCACCCACCGGCGGGCGACAACAAGAAGCCGUCCAUAGCCGCCGUGGUGGGCUCUAUGGACGCGCACCCCUCGCGGUACGCGGCCACCGUGCGCGUGCAGCAGCACAGUGAAAAUGACAGGCAGGAGAUAGUCCAUGAGUUAAGCAGCAUGGUGCAGGAGUUAUUGCUGAUGUUCUACAAGAGCACGGGCGGGUUCAAGCCGCACCGUAUCAUCAUGUAUCGUGACGGAAUAUCUGAAGGACAGUUCAUACAUGUGCUGCAACAUGAGCUGACGGCCGUGAGGGAAGCUUGUAUCAAGCUUGAAGCGGAAUACAAGCCGGGUAUCACAUUCAUAGUGGUGCAGAAGCGUCACCACACGCGGCUGUUCUGCGCGGACAAGCGCGAGCAGUCGGGUAAAUCCGGGAAUAUACCCGCCGGUACUACAGUGGACCUGGGUAUCACGCACCCGACAGAGUUCGACUUCUAUUUGUGCAGUCAUCAGGGUAUUCAGGGCACAUCCCGGCCGUCGCACUACCACGUGCUGUGGGACGACAACCACUUCGGGUCGGACGAGCUGCAGUGCCUCACGUACCAGCUGUGCCACACGUACGUGCGCUGCACGCGCUCCGUGUCCAUACCCGCGCCGGCGUACUACGCGCACCUUGUCGCCUUCCGAGCCAGGUACCACCUGGUGGAGAAGGAGCACGACUCGGGCGAGGGCAGCCACCAGUCGGCGUGCAGCGAGGACCGCACGCCGGGCGCCAUGGCGCGCGCCAUCACCGUGCACGCCGUCACCAAGAAGGUCAUGUACUUCGCCUAACACGCGUUGCCAUGGUUACGGCUCUCCCGCGCCCGCCGCCGCCACGCACUGCGCCAAACGCGCGUUACCAUGGCAACGGCGUCGCCGCGGAGGCCGUACGCUUCGCCCGCACGCGUCGCUCCGGCGACGACUCCCGCGCUCACUUGAUACACGAUUGUCUAUGGGCGGUCUUUGGCAUUUAUUCACGCUUAACGCCCGCAAUCGUACGACGGCCCGGUCUUGAAUUUGUAGCAAUAUUAAUUUGGUUUUGUGACGGAUUUUUUAUUUCUCGUCGAGUGCAAUUCGCGCUUAAUGUCAAUGUUCGUAAAACCAAGUAUUAAGAUACGAUGAUCAGACGCUUCGCUGUUAAUAUUAGUGCUGCGCAUUUGAAUCAUUUAUUGUAUAAAUUUGUAUUUUUGUUUAGGUCAUUGAGAUUCGAAAUAUUGAGAUAUGGCACAGCUAAGUAUAACUGGAUAAAUAUAAACUAAAAACUAAACUAUAUCUAACGGUUAUUUCUAAAGGUAUUCCUGAAAAGUUAAAAAUUUCAUUAAUUCUGCUCUAAUAUCUCCUUGUAACUUUAGAAGGUAGCUCUUCAAUUAUUAUGGUUGCUAUCGAAGGCAAUGUAAAUAAAAUCUCUCGAUAUAUAACAGAAGUGUCUUUUACUAAUUAUUAAGGUAUGAUUUUUUUUAAUCUACAAAAUCGUAAGUGUGGACAUUAAAAUAUAAUUGACAAUUACGAUUUAACAAAUACUUUAUUAUAUGAUACAUUUGUUGUGAGAACGAGCCUUAAGGGUGAAAUCCGUUCAUUCCUAUAUAAGAAAAAAAUUAAAUAAACAAAUAAAAUAAUGUUCUAAAAAAAUAAUCGAUAUAAAUAUUCUGAUUUCAUUGAUUUAUUUUAUCAGCUAAUAAUUUUCUCCUUAAAUAAAAAAAUCUUCGAACAGAAAUGCAAAAUAAAUUUCAAUAUUUACUGGACAGUGGACGUCUUAUACAUUGUAUUAAUGGUAAAAUAUAUGGCAAUUAGAAAGUUAGGAUUUUAUUUUUGUAUGUGUUUGCUUACUAUAAUUAAAUUGCGUAUGAUUAAAAUAAUUCUCUCUGUGUGUAACUCUUAACUAAAAACCGCCUUUCUGGACCACAUCAUUUAUAAUAAAAUGUUGAAAAAUAUAUCUUAAAUCUUAAAGACAUAAAAUGGUACCACGCCGUUUCUUAGUUACGACAACUAUGAGACAAUAUCACUUUAUAUACAUAGCUUCAUUUUCAUUGAUCAUCAAAAACAUCUUAAAAUAAAACGUGACAUAAUAGUAAAGUUUCUAAAUAAAAUCUUUACAAUUUACAAACACAUUUCAAUCUGAAGUUAUUGAUGAACGACAUUAUCAUAUUUACCGCCUGCAUUUCUAAAGAUCAACUGAACAAAAUUUCUUUUCAUGUUAUGACGGAAUAUUUUCCAAAUACAUUAUAGCAAUAAAGACGUUAAGAAUACAUAGUGAUGUGUUUCAUAAGUAAUGUUGCAACUAUAAACAUAUUUAUAUGUAUUUGGUUAUAUAAUGGGUCUUCAUAAUGCGAGUAGAGGCAAUCACGAUAGUGUAGAGGGCCUAAAUGUCUUUGAUCGGCCGUCAUUGUAGUCUAUGUUUAUUCAUAUUAUAGUCAUAAUCGCCGUAAUAGCGGCAAACAUCGACGAUCAUUUUUUGGGCACUCGAUUGUGAAAAGGACUCAUUAGACAAAUAGAAAUAAGAAAAUUUUCAAAUUUUUAUUAUUUCAUCUGUACUAAAUCAAGAAGAUGAACGAAUAAUUGUAUUUUGUCGUAGCAAAUUACGAACCCCAGGUUAAAUGAUAAUAUUUCGCACGUGCCACAUAAUGCUCGAGGUGGGGAUCGUUUUAAUGCCGAGGAUCGAUUUUAGUUGUAAGUAAUUUAAAGAGCUCUUUAUUCAUAAGUAGUAUAGGUAAGUGUUAGAUUUUUAGUCCAAUAUGCAAUUUUAAACUUAUUUCAAGACCACUAACCCCCUCCAUACCAAAAGUAAGGUUCUCUGCCGCCUUUUAGUAAUAAGUAUUUUUUUUUUAUUUUUAGCUAUUGAUUUAUAAUUAUUUUAUAUUAUCUGAUAUGAAAUAUCAUAUAAAUGUAUUUGACAGCUCGAAAAUAUGAGCAUCUUUUAAAUCGGCACAAAAUCGUGUAAAAUAUACUUAGUUUAACCAGCGCUUUCAUACUAGUUAAGUUUUAAAAUCAGACGAAAUCCUAUCCUGCAACACGUCAAUAAUAAUAGUUAUAAAUAAUUAAAAUAAUUUUUUGAACAAAUAUAGUUUUUACGAACGAUGGUCGGUUCCCUGGUACAGUUGUAUGUGCGGCCAGAGGAAGGUGCAGCAGGGAUUUAAGGUCAAAUAGUAAUAAUAAAAAAGUUGUAAUAUCUACUAAAUUAAGUAUAAAAAUUUCGUUGUUUGCUUUUUUAAUGUUAUUAACACUCGGAUAGAGAUAUUGCUUCUUGUGUCGUAGUAUGUACUAUGUAUGAGUAGAAGAUAUUUUUAUAAUGCACGUUAUUGUGUGAAACAGCUUCAUUAAUUAAGAUUUUGAUAUAGAUUGUAAACAUAGAUUCCAAAUUUCUUCGUGCAGGGUAUUUCGUUGAAAUAAAGGUCCGUAGUCGAAAAAGACAACUUUGUCUUCUUCAUGUUAUAUGGAGCACGCCAAACAUGUAUUGAUAUACUACUGUUAUUAACUUUUAUGUAUUGGUCUAAUAACGCUUAAAGGUAACUCUUUCUAUAAAUGUAAGGUUUUGCGAUUAGUGUAAUUGUGCAAAAUAAAUAAUAAGUUAACGUCUUAGAUAUUGUUUUUCUCAUACAAGGGCUUCGAAAUGUGUUAUUUUUAGGUAUCUAUUUUUAAGUUCUUAUUUACAUUUUACAAACUCAACAUAUCAAAGACAAUGGACGACAAUUAUAUACACGCACCAUUAUAUUCGCAGACCCUUAUACUGAUUUACUGAGAAAUAAGCUGGGUUUAUGUACACAUAUCUCAAUCAGCUCAAACCAUCAUUAAAAUAACCCUUACAUAAUUGUUAUUGCAAACUGUACAUAAUUUGUAGUCUCAAAUUUAGUUGUAUAUUUAAUGAAUAAUAUAAUGAAUGUAUUCUGGGGCCCUCCUCGAUUAUUUAACGACGCGCCUUGACGUAAGAAGUAUGAACUAUUCUCCUUACAAAUUUUAGUAGAUACUAAGAGUGGAAAUUUGUUUUUAUUUAUUACAAUGAUAAAACAGCUGCAUAAAAAUAUCAAUUAUGAGUAAAUUUUUUUUUGCUGUAAAGUGUAACGGCAUCCUUGGUUGAUAUCAAUAGAGGUGUUUAAAGAGACCAAUAACAUCAUCCGCCUCAGUUACGAAAAUCUAUUCUUAUUUUUUUAACCUGGAAUUAGAUUUAAUAACCAAGGAUCACACUUAUCGAAUGUAAACACGCGCCUAUUUGCUUCCGUUUUCUUUAAAAAAUAGUAGAUCUCAGAUUUCAUAUAAUAUAUUUUUUUGUUUACAAUUUGAUGAAAUAUGUUACGCCUAUUGGAACAAAAUGAAGCUACCGUUUCAUGAACGUUUAUUGUAAGCUUGUGUUACAUACGAUUGAUAGGUUUAUGUAUAAGUUGGUGAAUUGUGAAAAUGCUUUCAGUUUUUAAUAAAAAAAUUACGCCAUCGUUACACUACAUAUUUUUAUUAUCAUACACAACCGUCAAAAUUGCCACUGUAUAAUCGUUUGGUUAUUUUUAUAUCAUAUCCAUUUACACAUUGGUAACAAAUAGGUAUAGAGAUAAUGUAGCGCAUGAUGGACAUAUUAUAUAUGUAAUAGGUUUAAAUAAAUCUGUUUAUUUAAAA